AUGGACUCGAUGGACACUGUCUGUCGCGCCAUUGACGCGUUUUAUAACGGUGGGCCCGACGUUCAACCCGCCCAACAGUUUCUACAACAAUUUCAGGAGUCGACAGAAUCAUGGACAAUCUGUGACCAAAUAAUCCGUUUACACUCGAAUUCUCUGGCGUGUUACUUCGCUUCGCAGACACUUCGAACGAAGAUUCUCAAAAAGUUCUCCCAAUUGCCACCCGAUCAAUACGAAGCACUACGACAGUCGUUGUUGCAGCAUUUGGACCGCCACGGAGCAUCGGCUCACGAUAGUCAAUCAGAAGCGACCGCCACUCAAUUAUGUCUGGCAAUUGCUGAUUUAUAUAUUCAAGUGCCGACAUGGACGAAUUGGAUCUUCGAGUUGCUCAAUCAAUGCCAAACACUGGAAGGAGACCGUACCAUCAUGACACUGACACUCCUUCAAGUAUUCCCUGAAGAAGUUGAAAAUAUUCGAGGAAUCGGAGAGAAUCGAAGAAUUGCGAUACGAGAGGAAUUGGCUGGAUGCGAGCAACCGAUGAUCACUUUCUUAUCGCAUGUUCUCGAGAAAUUCCAUGCGAAUGCUGAUAUGUUGAAGAGGGUGUUCAAAUGUCUGGAAUCGAACUUACAAAACCAUCAAAUGCGUACCGAUCACUUUGCCACAUCUCCCCUAAUCUCAUCGAUAUUCCACGUCAUCGCCUCAAUUGAUCCGGCGAUUCCGUCGAGUCUUCAUGAGACGGCGACGAAUUGUAUCGUCGCUGCACUCUACCGAGUUGAAGACAUUGAUUCACAUGGAAAAUUGGCUGAAAUUAUACAUCGAGGAGUCAUCUCGCUGAUUGGACCAUUCCAACAGGCACAACAGGUUGAGGAUUUGGAUCGGUUGCAGAACAUUGCCCGUAUAUUCGUCGAGACAGUCGAAUCAUUCUACGUCCAAAUCGUCAACGAAGCCCAUCCGGAUCCGCAUUCCGUCGGUUCUCUCGCCUGUUUUGAUCUACUUUUACUCGUCGCCGGUCAUCACGAUUGGUCUUUGAUUGAGAUGACAUUCAAUGUGUGGUACCGUAUCACCGAAGAGUUAUUCAAGUACGACGACGAUCAAUAUAUCGGGAAAUUCCGUCCGUACGCCGAGAAAUUCAUUCAAUGCCUCUACGAACACUGUAAAAUGGAUUCAGAUGACGUUGACGACAUCUUGGAUGAGUCUUCUGAAUUUGGAGAAUUCCGAGCGAAAGCUGUUGAAGCACUCAGAGAUGUCGUGUUUAUUGUUAACUCGGAUAAAUGUAUUCAGAUGAUGCAUCAGAAAUUGAUAGAGUGUUGUCAUCGAGAGAACGCAUCGUGGGAGGAAUCUGAAUCCGCACUGUUUGUGAUGGCUGCAGUCGUGCAGAAUUUGUUGCCUGAAUCCGAGUCAAAUAUGCCAGAAGUGCUCCAAUUGAUUUGCUCACUUUCACCCGUCUCGCCGCCUGCUCUCAUCGCCACGUCACUCAAUUUGAUAUCCGAUUUGAAUGAUUGGUUCGAGUUGCACAUGAACCUGUUGGAGGUGGAAGACGGGGGAACUGGAGCAAGAUCUACUGGUGGAGCAAUAGUGGAGGUUGCUGGAGAUUUGGUUGAAGUUGAUGGCGGAGCAGCCUUCAGUGGUAGAGGGGCUGGAGUCCGAGUGUCAUGA